UUUUAUAUUCUACCUUUAUUAGUUACUCAGGCGGUUCUCGAUAUUAAUUAUAUAGUAUUAAUACAUAAUAUUAAUAAAUACUCCCACUAUCUUAGUAGAAUUUUAAUAGUAUUUUUAAUUAUUUUAGUAAGUUUAUAA